UGUGGUUAGAUUCGUUAGCGUCAAAUGGGAUAGGCUGUUCGGGUUGGGUCGGGCUGGUUUUGGGAUAGAAUUUGCUGCGAGAAAAUCAGAAAAGAUGGCGGCGAAACAGAACCGAAAGCAGCAGGAGAAAAAACAGUAACGAAAUGGGAGACGCAGAGCGGGAAGGAGAGAAGAAGAACUUUGUGAUACAUAUUCCUUCCUAUGAAGAAGUUAUGGAGAGUUCUUCUCAGUCCAAAACGACGUCGUCCUCAUCUUCUCUCUUCAACCCUACCCCUUCUUUCUCCCAAGCAUUCAAAUUCGUCAAGAACUCCGAAUUCUACUCCCCUCCCCCUCCCCCGCCUUCUCAGCCUUCUUCCUCCUCUCAAUCCGCCACUCCCAGACAGGUCAAUAGUUCAGAUGUUCCCGCUUCAUCAUCAUAUUCUACGCCCUCAUCUUCAGCUAAUCGAAAUGCUAUACUUGUUAGCAAUAGGCAGAAGGGAAAUCCGUUGCUUAAACAUAUCCGGAAUGUGAGGUGGAUUUUUGCAGAUAUUGUUUGUGACUACUUAUUGGGCCAGAACACUUGUGCUCUUUAUUUGAGCCUCCGGUAUCAUUUGCUUCAUCCAGACUACUUGUAUUUUCGGAUUAGGGAAUUGCAGAAGAACUAUAGACUCCGCAUAAUUUUGUGCCAUGUUGAUGUUGAAGAUGUUAUGAAGCCUUUACUUGAAGUUACCCGAACUUCUCUCCUUCAUGAUUGCACUCUGUUAUGUGGAUGGAGUUUGGAAGAAUGUGGACGGUACUUGGAGACGGUAAAGGUUUAUGAAAAUAAGCCCGCCGACCUCAUUCAGGGCCAAAUGGAUGGAGACUACCUAUCACGGCUGAAUCAUGCCCUGACGGCAAUACGACAUGUUAACAAAACAGAUGUUGUGACUCUUGGCUCGACAUUUGGGUCUCUUUCGCAUGUGAUGGAUGCAUCUAUGGAAGAUCUUGCUCGUUGCCCUGGAAUAGGAGAGCGCAAGGUAAAACGCUUGUAUGAUGCUUUUCAUGAACCUUUCAAGCGAGAAGUGCCAAAACGCCAAUGCAUUCCAGAAACUGCAGUCGCUAAUGAACCUCAUCCUGGCUCCAGCAAUACAAAAGAAGAUGAGAAGGAAACUGUGGAUACAAGCAAUUGUCAGAAGAAAGAACCCGAAGUGACUGUCAAGUCAGCACUUUCUGCUGCUUUUGCUAAGUACUCGCACAAAAUCGCGAGAAAGACGAAUAAAUCACAAGAAGAGGAAGAAGGGAAAUGCAGUGCUAAGGAAGAAUCUAAAACCGGUGACACGAAUGGCAGCAACGACUUCUGAAUCUCGGUAUCUUGAACCAAAAAAGAAUAGGUUUCUUAGUCACUUCUUUUCAUGCUAAUGUUCCUAAUUUUAUAUUUCUCCAUUUGUUUGAUUUCUUUUAGUAAUUCCUUAUAAAUUGAUGGGAAACUCAUAGAAGAUAAUUAGUGAACAAAGAUUCAGAAGAUGUUUGGACAUGAUUUAGUUGAGAUUAAAAAAAAAGUAGCAUUUGAAAGUUGAAA